UUUUGACAAUUUGUCUUACUGUCAAUGCAAAUUAAAUUUUGCAUUGAAAAUGUCGUUGCUAACUUUGAAAUCCGUGGGGGCUUCAUCAUUGUCAAUAAAAGCGAGAGAAAUUCACAACAGAUGUAGGAUUGGCAACCGAGAUUGGGUGGGCUUUGGGAUCAAUGGAAGCGCGAACUACAAAGACGAUGCCCACUUUCCAUUCCCAGCUAUCAGGUUUAAGGAGAACACCAGAGAUAUUUGUGCAUUACGCGAAAAGGAGAAGGGAGAUUGGCGAAUGCUGUGCUGUGAGGAGAAGAAGGCCCUAUAUCGUGCCUCCUUCUGCCAGACAUUCUCUGAAUUCAAGCACCCCACGGGCCAGUGGAAGGCCAUCGUGGGCGGUGCAUUGAUUGCAACCUCCUUUACGUUUUGGACCUUCAUAUUCCUUCAUUAUUAUGUUCUGGAGCCCCUGCCGGCGAGCCUGUCGAGACAUUCGCAGAAGGCUCAGCUGCGAAGGAUGCUGGAGCUGCGAGUGAACCCCAUCGACGGUCUCUCAUCCUUGUGGGACUACGACAAUGACGCGUGGAAGUAAUGUUCCCAGUGAAGCCCUGAUCUCUUCUAUGAAGCUACUGUUUAGAAUAAAUAAAGAUAUUAGUCGACGCAGAACUAAAAACAUCAUGUUUAUUUUGACGCCAUUAUUCUUGCAGUUGUCAAUUGUAUUUAAAAGAAAUGUUCCACGGGCGCUUGUCGAUUUGUUAGUGUUUUAUUUUUCUUAAGUUGUUAGUAUGCUCAUUUAUUUAACUAAUAAAUAGUUUCUUUGUCA